AGGGGUCUCCUGCUUUCCUGAGUGUAAAUACGUUUCUCAGUUUACAUUGUGGACACAUGCCUAACUGUACUUUAUGGAUUUACCAGAGUAGUUAAUGACACUGGCUGUCAUCUGGAGUUCUCGCUAUCUCCCAGCCUGGACUUUUAGCUGGAGAAAGGAGUAGCCUUCCGCUUGCCACUGGUCACCAUGAAUUCAUGGUUGUGUCAGUCAUGUCAUGUCAGUCAUGUCAGUCAUGAAUGUGGGUGUGUGCGAUAGCAGGUACACCGAUAGUUUCUAGGUUCUACAGUUUUUAGAGCGUUAGGAAACGUUCACGUUCCUUCAUUCUUGAGUACUGAGUUGUGAAAUAGGCUGUUGAUAAUUCUGUCUUUUUAAGUUAUACUCGGCUCUAAAGCUCUGCCAGCUACCUGUAGUGGUCGAGCUGUAGUUGUGACAGAUAUCAUUCCAGAUAGCGCUGAUUCCCAAGGCUCUUUGGGAGGGUUCAGAGACGCGUUGUAUUAGUUCUGACCAUACUAGAGGAGAGAGAAAGGGGGAGAGAGAGAGAUAGAGAGGCAGGGGCUGAUGACAAACAACCACUCCGCCGAGGGCUGAGGUUACUACAGGUCAACGGCAGCCUAGGCACUGUGUGCGUGUGCGUGCGCAUGUGCGUGUGCGUCUAAGGGAGCAAUCAGAAUCAUGAUCCAGGCCUAAAAAACACUUGGCUCUCAGAGACAGCAAAGAAUUCCACUCCGACGACAAAGGGGGAAUACCAGACCAGCACCGACCGCUCUCCAGGCAUAGAGACACUGCUCACACCUCUGACCAGAGAAAAGAGAGAAAGAAAAUAAGAGGGAGGGGAGGGGUGAGAGCCAAAAGAACAUAGAGGCCCAGGCCAUGGAUAUUUCAGUCAGCAUGGACACAGAGACAGUGAAUGGGACAGACUGGGAGUGUCUGUCUGACUGGGAGGCUAUCCCUCAGCCACACGACGAUGAGACCCAGGCCGAGGCCCAGGCCCAGUGGGAGACCUGGGACUGGGAGUCAGAGAGGGUCCCAGCCGUAUUGAGUCCCACGUAUAAGCAACGCAAUGAGGACUUCAGAAAACUCUUCAAGCAGCUACCCGACUCAGAACGCCUCAUUGUGGACUACUCCUGUGCCCUGCAAAGAGAUAUCCUGCUGCAGGGGCGCCUCUACGUCUCGGAAAAUUGGAUCUGUUUCUAUAGCAACAUCUUCCGCUGGGAAACGCUGCUGACGGUGCGGCUGAAGGAUAUCUGCAGCAUGACCAAGGAGAAGACGGCCCGCCUCAUUCCCAACGCUAUCCAGCUGUGCACUGACAAUGACAAGCACUUUUUCACCUCGUUUGGAGCGAGGGACCGGACAUACAUGAUGAUGUUCAGACUAUGGCAGAAUGCUCUGCUAGAAAAGCCCUUGUGUCCCAAAGAAUUGUGGCAUUUUGUCCAUCAGUGUUAUGGCAACGAGCUGGGUCUGACCAGUGACGACGAGGACUACGUGCCGCCGGAUGAUGACUUCAAUACCAUGGGGUACUGCGAGGAGCUGCCCGUGGAGGAUAAUGACACCAACUUCGCCAAGAUGCCUGACGCCAAGGGAGACACCAGCCCCCUGUUGUCCCACAGAGCCUUCCCCAACAACGCCCUAUCCUGUCCGAGCACCAUCGAAUCACUCCUCCCCUUUAACUUGGCUGUCGUGGACGAGUUCCCCCUGUGUCUCCCCGAUGGCGAACUCCUGACCCUCCAGUUGCCGGGGUUGGACAACCGGAGCAGUGGUCACAGUAGUCCCGCCCCCUCGCCCUCGCUGGACUUCAACGACAACGAGGACCUCCCUACCGAGCUCAGCGACUCCUCCGAGACGCACGACGACGAAGCAGGGGAGGUGCAGGCCUUCCAUGAGGACCUGAAUGGGAAGCAGUACAUAAACGAGGUGUACGAGUUCAGCGUUGACAAGAUGUACGACAUCCUCUUCACCGAGUCCACCUUCAUGAGGGACUUCCUGGAGCAGAGACGCUUUUCAGACAUAGUCUAUCACCCCUGGAAGAAAGAGAAAGAGGAGACGGGCAACCAGACCAGAGAGAUCAUGUACACCAUCUCCCUCACGAACCCCCUGGCCCCCAAGACAGCCACAGUUACUGAGACGCAGACGCUGUACAAGGCCAGCCAGGAAAGCGAAUGCUACAUCAUAGAUGCCGAGGUGAUAGCACACGACGUCCCCUACCAUGACUACUUCUACACUCUAAACCGCUACGUGCUCACCAGGGUGGCCAAGAAGAAGUGUCGGCUCAGGGUAUCCACAGAGCUGCGCUACAGGAAACAGCCGUGGGGGCUGGUCAAGGGAUUCAUCGAGAGGAACUUCUGGAGUGGCUUGGAUGAGUACUUCAGACACUUAGAGCUGGAGCUGAGUAAGGUGGAGGUGGUCCUGGCCGAGCCCCACAGACAGUCCCCCAAGGCCAGGGCUCUACGGGCAGGGGCAUUGAGGCGACGGAAACGGCCCCUGGUCCACCUGCGGCCCCCACACAUGGACGAAGCCCUCAGCUCCGUCACCACGCCCGAGGACGAGGAGGUCACCCACCGCCACCGGAUCAAACACGUGGCAGCAGGUUCCACUCAAACCAGAUACAUCCCGGACAAUGUCCCAGGGGGCCUAGCGCUCUACAGUGUCUCCAAGCUACUCCUCAUCAUCAGCUUUGUCCUAGUAUUGCUGGUGUUUCUGAACAUGAUGCUGUUCUAUAAGCUGUGGAUGCUGGAGUACACAACACAGAGCCUGACCUCGUGGCAUGGCCUACGACCACAGGAAAGUAAACUUCCACAGACGCAGCUGGAGUGGGCCCGGCUUCUGGAGUCGCAGCAGCGGUACCAUGACGAUGAGCUGCAGAAGUGGAAGGAGAUCAUCAAGUCGUCGGUGAUGUUGCUGGACGAGAUGAAGGACUCAUUACUAAACCUGCAGAAGGGCAUGGGCUUAAGAGACUAUAACUCUGAAUCGGAGGAGAAGAGGAGUCGAUAUCACUGACAAACAGACAAUCCUAAGGCACCAGCCAGGACAUUAUGUGCAAUAUCUAAGGAACCAUUUAUGGGAAAGUCUUGGGAAAAGUCUUAGGAAAACAAGAGAAAUAUGUUUUCUUGCAUGGGGGAAUGACGACAGGUCUCCCAGAACGACCGACUCCACUCCCACCGCCCAACGUCUGGCAGAAAGUUACCUCAUCACCACCAGGACAGGAUUGGGGCGGACGCCGUCUGCACCGUUGCAUCAUGGGAAAAGACAGCGGUGCCAUGACCUACAUUGGCCUAAACUCUGACUUUUUUAUCACCUCGUUCUCUGAGAAUGCUGUACUGUAAAGUGUUUUGUUUUGUUUGUUUUUUGGGGCCACGUACGGACAAAGCAAAGAUAGAAGGGAUGGGUCAGGGAAGCUUGCAUUUCUUGUCUCCGUCGGGAAAAUGUUUUUGUUUUCGGUGGAGAUGUGUAUUGAAACGUCGGCAUAUUUGUCUCAGAAGAGCAAAAAUAAUACUGGGUCAGGGGUUCCUUGUGUUCCUCCGUCGCCUUUUUAGGAACUCUUGGACAAAGUUUUGGAGCUGCAGUAUCCCUUUUUUUUUUACAGACCUUUGGACUCUGGGACCACGAUCAUAAACGGAACCACAAUCAACAUGCAGUGUUUCAACACAACCCAUCAUUUCUAGGAUGGAACCACCAGGAAUCAUAGUAUAUUAUAAAUACAUAUAUA